UUUUAAUUGAAAUGUCAAAUUGUCACGUCACAAUACAAGAAAAUUAGCGGCAGGAAGGUCUUUGAGUACCAAAUGCUGUUUUAUAAAUUUUUAUUUGCCGUUGGUGAUAAUCGUCAAUUAAUGUUGAAAUAAGGAAAUAUAUGUACUUUAAACUUUAGUAAAUAUAUCAUCAUGUCUAACAAUAACAACACUUUACCAAAAGCUCCAAAAGAUUUAUGCUUCUCCGAACUUGAUUUUGUACAGGAGAACUUUGACGUUGAUGCCUUCUUGCAAGACCAUAGGAAGAAUGGCAAAUUGGAGACAAUGCGAGAUGAUCUUGGCAUGUAUUUGAAAUUAUUGCGAUCUGCCAUGAUUGACCUGAUUAACAGGGAUUAUACGGAUUUUGUGAACCUAUCUAGCAAUUUAAUCGGAUUGGACAAAGCUAUCAAUGAGUUGCAAGUACCGCUUGGACAAUUAAGGGAAGAAGUCAUGCAAGUACGGCAAGCUCUGGAUGAUGAAAUUGCAACCAUUUCAACUAAUUUAAAUAACAAUUUAAAGAUAAGAGAACGUAAACAAAGUUUACGGAGUUUACAGCAUGUGUAUAAAUCACUCAAGAAGCUUUCUUCCAUAUUAUCUAUGAAAACGUUUAUGGAGCAUCGUACAAAAAUCGACGUUUUGGAACAGGCUGCGAUUGAAUUAAAUCAAUUAAAAUUUCAUAUGUCUAAAUGUAAAUCGGAUAUCUUAGAUGAUCAAGAAAAAGAAGGUAGAGAAAUAGAGAAUUUGUACGUAACUUAUUUAAAUGAGUUAUUCUUAGCGUGUAUACAGGAAAAAAAUUCAAACUUAGCAAUCCGUUGCCUCAGAAUUUAUCUUACGCUUGAUAAAAUAGCAAAUGCCGAAGAAUUAGUGAGAUAUGAACUUGUCAGGCCCUUAGUUUAUAACGUGAUCAAUGAAGAGAAUCUUCAAUCUGAUCCACUUGGUCUACAUAAUAUUUAUCAAAGGUUACUUGAUAUUCUAAACGUGGAACUAAAACAGUUAUUGGAUAUCACGCUGUAUCCCGAUAGGAUAUCCGUGAAAGGAUUUAAUUUUCUGGUAAACAGUUUUUGGAUUGAAGUUGAAGAAAAGAUUGAGCAGUAUAUAAAAUCCAUUUUUGCUCCAGGAGAUCCAGUAUUAUUUCACAAAAGGUAUACAGCUACAUUAGAAUUUUUAACAAAAUUGGAAACGGAAUAUGGUACACGAAAAACUUUGGCGGCAUUGAAAAAUCAUCCACAAUAUAAAGAUUUUCUCAAAAAAUGGAAUUUGCCAGUCUAUUUCCAAAUUCGGUUUCAAGAGAUAGCAGGCCUCGUGGAAACAGUAUUAGUCGAAUCAAUAUCGCCAGAUUCGAUCAAAGGUAGUUUGGCUUUGCUGACGCAAACAAAUUUCUCACUUUAUGCAACUUGCGCGGUUUGGGAUAAUCUGUUACGGAUCUGGGAUGACGAUAUUUACUUGUAUCAACUAUUCCACAAGUUUUGGAAACUCAGUCUUCAAAUAUGCUCUAGAUAUCAAACUUGGUGUCAGAGUGCGAUGAAACAAGUCUGGCCGGUAAUAAAUGAAACUAAUAGUUCAAAUAAUUUGGUGCAUUCCACAAGAUUGAAUUUUCUGGUGUAUUUGUACGUUGAUGUAGAAAAGUUAGUAAAUGCACUGCCAUCUUUUCUGCAAAUAGUACAAUCAAAAAUAACAAAUAAGAAUGUUACUAUAUCAAAAUUAUUGGAAGAUUCUCUUGGUGAAACAUCUAGGAACUUAACGAAUCUUUUACCUUCGAUUACGAAAGAGAUUCUAAAUGAGCUCUCGGAACAAUGUGUAAUACAUUUGAAACAAGUGAGCGACAUUCCUAGACUAUUUAGAAGAACGAAACGAGACGUGCCAACUAAGCCUUGUCCUUAUGUGAAGAGUGCAGUGGUUCCCCUCAUCAAUUUCCUUGCAGAUUAUAGCAAGAUUAUUCCUGAAACUGUUAAUCUUUGGCUGGAAUUAACAUUGUCUUCAUUAACAGAGAACUAUUUGUUAUUUGUUACGGAUGUAUUAACAUCCGUACAGAAGACCGAGGAGAGUUUGAGGAGAUUAAAAAAGAUUCGCGACAAAUCUACUGGAAUUCUUCCUUCGGAACCACAAGGUAUUAGUGAUGACGAAAAGAUCCGUAUUCAGCUUAAAGUGGAUGUAAAUGGUUAUGCCAAUAUGAUCAAAGAUCUUAACAUCUCGACUGUCAACAUUCAUCAUCUGCAGGAGUUGAUAAAUGCUGUCGAAGCUGCUAUUAAAAAAUGAUAUCACGCAACUAAUUAUUCUUAAUUGUAUCAUUAAUGAUGCCCGAGUUUUAAUAAUGAUGUAAACGUACCACCGUUUUGUCAAAUGGAUGGUUGGGAAUUUUUACGACAAAGCUAUUAGGAGCCUCGAAAGUGUAAUGUAAAAUAUUUUCAAUUUGAGCUAAACUGCGUUAAUACAUCGAAUGAAUAUUCGUUAUUUAUAGUCAAAUAUAUGUAAAAAUUUCGUUUUCAUGUA